CGCCCAGAUCCUGGUGCCCAGGGCGUCCCGGGGGCGGUCCGCCCCGGCGAUGGCACAUAAAACCGCUGGCCACCUGUCGGUCCGCUCCUCCGUGCGCUGCGGUCCGGGGCCCGCCGUGCCGCUGCGGCCCGCGUCCGCGGAGUCGCUGCCUCCGUCACCUCCGUCCCCGCCUCGGUCCCUCCACAGGCGCGGAGCCCCGCGAGCACCGCGCCGGCGCCGGGGCGCGCAGACAUGGGCAGCCACUCUAGAGCGCGCCGGGUGGUCGCGGCGCUGGGCUUCGCCGGGCUGCUGUGCGCCGUGCUGGGCGUUAUCAUGAUCCUGAUGGUGCCCUCGAUCAUCAAGCAGCAGGUCCUCAAGAACGUGCGCAUCGACCCCAGCAGCCUGUCCUUCAACAUGUGGAAGGAGAUCCCCGUCCCCUUCUACCUCUCAGUCUACUUUUUCGAUGUCAUCAACCCCAAGGAGAUCCUCCAAGGCCAGAAGCCGCAGGUGCAGGAGCGCGGACCCUACGUGUACAGGGAGUUCAGACACAAGAGUAACAUCACCUUCAAUGACAAUGACACGGUGUCCUUCCUCGAGUACCGCAGCUUCCAGUUCCAGCCUGACAAGUCCCGCGGCCUAGAGAGCGACAACAUCGUCAUGCCUAACAUCCUGGUCUUGAGUGCAGCAAUGAUGAUGGAGAAUGGGCCCAUGAGCCUGAAGCUGAUCAUGACCUUGGCGUUCAGCACCCUUGGUGAACGGGCCUUCAUGAACCGCACAGUCAGCGAGAUCAUGUGGGGCUACGAGGAUCCCCUCCUCCACCUCAUCAAUAAGUACUUCCCAAACAUGUUCCCCUUCAAGGGCAAGUUCGGGUUAUUUGCUGAGCUCAACAACUCUGAUUCCGGGCUCUUCACCGUGUUCACGGGGGUCAAAAACUUCAGCAGGAUCCAUCUCGUGGACAAGUGGAACGGGAUCAGCAAGGUCAACUUCUGGCAUUCCGAUCAGUGCAACAUGAUUAAUGGGACUUCCGGGCAGAUGUGGGCACCGUUUAUGACUCCCGAAUCCUCGCUGGAAUUCUACAGCCCCGAGGCCUGCCGGUCCAUGAAGCUCAUCUACAAGGAGCAGGGGGUGUUCGAAGGCAUCCCCACCUUUCGCUUCGUGGCCCCCAACACCUUAUUUGCCAACGGGUCCAUCUACCCGCCCAACGAGGGCUUCUGUCCGUGCCGGGAGUCCGGAAUUCAGAAUGUCAGCACCUGCAGGUUCAACGCACCUUUAUUUCUCUCCCAUCCUCACUUCUACAACGCUGACCCAGUCCUGGCAGAGGCAGUGUCUGGCCUCCACCCUAACCCAGAAGAGCAUUCCUUGUUCCUGGACAUCCACCCGGUCACCGGAAUCCCUAUGAACUGCUCUGUGAAACUGCAGCUGAGCCUCUACAUUAAGUCUGUGAAAGGCAUCGGACAAACUGGCAAGAUCGAGCCGGUGAUCCUGCCACUGAUGUGGUUUGGAGAGAGCGGGGCAAUGGAGGGUGAGACCCUUCAGACGUUCUACACCCAGCUGGUAUUGAUGCCCAAGGUGCUGCAUUAUGGCCAGUACGUGCUCCUUGCCCUGGGCUGCGUCCUGCUGUUCAUCCCCAUCGUCUACCAAAUCCGGAGCCAAGUAGGUGGUGGCCAGAGCAUGGCCAGGGCCGAGCGGCCCCUUGCUUGCCUGCUUGGGGGAGGGAGGGGCUCAGAUCAGAUCGCCCAGCCGUCCCUUCCUGCUGUGCCCACGGACACCUUCAGCCUGCAGCCCAACUCGGGCGGCAGUCCUAGGUCGCUGCCCGGGCUGGGGAGCUGUUGCUGCAUCCUCGCUUCUCUUGCAUAUUCUGUGACCACUUCUCUGCCUAUUCUGGGAGGCCUGGGGACCCUCCCUUGGAGGGGCUGCAGGUGGUUUUGGAUCAUGAGACCUGGUACUUGAAUGGUUUGUUCUUCAAGUCAGCAGCUGCUGGCUCUCAGGCUCUGGCAGGUACAGGGCAUAUGACAGUGAACAAGGCAGUUCCUACGCAGGGGGAAGGGGGCUGCGGGGCCUGGAAUUCCAGUUGGAGAGACAGGUGGAAACCAAGUAAAUAAACAGAAGAGAUGAUUUCACCGAUGAUAAAGAUGAUAGAAAAUGUGAUGGGCAGCGCUCAGGGCAGCGCUGACUGAUACAAAUACAACAUGAGCCACGUGUGUGAUUUUAAAUUUACAUUUUCUAACAGCCACCUUAAGUAGAAGGGAGUUAAUUUUAAUCGUAUCUUUUAUUUAACCCCAAUAUAUCCAAAAUAUCAAUAUGACCAUGUCAACCUGUAAUCAAUAUAAAAAAUAUAAACUUUUAACAUUUUUUUUCGGGUUAAGCCUUUGGAAUCCGAUGUGUAUUUUACAUUUACAGCAGGUCUUGACUGGGACUCGCCCCUUUUCAAAGCCUCAACGGCCAUAUGUGGCUACCAAGCUGGACACCGCAGCAUCCAAGGGGGGUGGGGACAACUAUAGACAUAAUGUCAGAACAGGUUUCUCGGAAGAGGUUGAAUUUAAGCUUAGAAGUGAAUGCUCAGCACAGAGUCAGGGAAAGAGUGCUCCGG